GGUCACUGGGACUGAUUAAUGAAUCAUGAGGUGGCUGCUGUUAAUGCAUUUAUCUGGGACGGACUGUACCGCAGCCUUCAGCCUUAGCACGGUGGGGUGAAGCGAGCGCGCGCGCGACAGCAACCUUCCCGUUUUCCUCGGGUGCUCCGACACCUGCAGCCGACCCCGCUUCUCUGCCUGUCUGCCUGCCGCCCGCCGCCCCAUAGACAGACCCCGCAAGCUGAAAAACCAUCGCUCCCCAUGGCUCCCGAGAAGAUUCUUGAGAAAUUCAUUGCUGCUUUGGCUCCGCUUCCUUCAAGACGAUACGUGCUCAUUGUUUCUUCAGACAAGCACAACUGUGUUUUGCACUGAUAGUUCCUUCUUCUCCACAUGGCCUUUCUACUGGUGUCAGCAUACCUUCUGGUGACUCAUGCCCAUAGUGCUCCAGUUGAGAAUGGGGCCCUCAUGGAGACUCUGAAAUCCCAAGUUAUGUUGUUCAGCAAUAAGAGUGAACAUUAUUCAGCACAAGUAAGACCUCCUGGAACGAGCAGACGAAUACCUCACACAAUCAUCAUUGGAGUUCGCAAAGGAGGGACCAGAGCUUUACUUGAAAUGUUGGAUGUUCACCCAAAUAUUGUGGUAGCAGCUACUGAAGUUCACUUUUUUGACUGGGAUGAGAAUUAUAUGAAGGGAAUUGACUGGUACAGGAGCCUGAUGCCAUUUUCAUACGAAAAUCAAAUAACUAUUGAGAAAACACCAGGCUAUUUUACCUCGCCACAGGCUCCCGAAAGGAUUCAUGAUAUGAAUAGCUCUAUUAAACUGCUGCUUAUUCUAAGAGACCCCACAGAGAGAGUUAUCUCUGAUUAUACCCAAGUCUAUUACAAUAGACUGGAAAGCCACAAGCCUGUUCAGCUCUUUGAAGACAUUGUUAUUAAAAAUGGAGCACUUAAUACCAAAUACAAGGCUAUCCAGAGAAGUCUAUAUGACAUCCAUAUGGAGAGGUGGCUUAAACAUUUCCAUUUGGAUCAGAUUCACAUAGUAGAUGGGAAUACCUUGAUCAAGGACCCUCUUCCUGAGUUACAAAAAGUGGAAAGAUUUCUUAACCUGCCUUCCAGAAUCAUGUCUUCAAAUUUUUAUUUUAACCAGACCAAGGGGUUCUAUUGCAUUAGGAGUGAUGGAAGAGAGAGAUGUUUACAUGAAUCAAAAGGGCGCCCACAUCCUGUUGUCAACAGUACUGUUUUAGAGCAACUUUACUCCUACUUCAGAGAGCACAAUGCAAAAUUUUACAGAAUGAUUAAUCAUUCUUUUGACUGGCAUUAGUAACUUUGCGGGGGAGAGGGGAGAAAGGGUUUUUUUAAAAAAAAAAUGGCCUGCAGUAAUUUAUUUUCAAGCACUUCUGAUACA